AUGAUCACUCCAGAAUUGAGUGAUUUUCUGGAGCAUGAGGAGAAGGAGAGUAUUCUGAAAGCGAUUUCAGCAAGUGAUAAAAUUGUGUCAUCUGGAAUAUGUCAAUAUCUUAUUGAAGAUGCAGGUGGAUGGAAGAAACCAGAGACUGGAGCAGCUGUCGUUCUAUUUGUGAAGAAUAGUUCCGAACGAUAUUACCGAAUAAUUGUGAUCGAACCGUCAUCUGAGAAAGAAUGGGAACCAACGAUACAGUUUGAUUUUCUUAUAAAGGAUAAAAAGUUCGAAACAAUCCAAAUGCAUGCGAAGUUGCUCGUUUUCGAAGAUCAUAAUGGGAAAGAAAUUGGACUACAUUUCUACGAUUCGAAGGAAUGUGACAAAUUUCAUAACAGCGUUUGUAAAAGACAAAAUGCAAAAACUACUGAGAAUCAAGGGACGCCAGCAUUGGAUGGAAAGAAACCGAAGAAGAAGAAGAAAAGUUUAUUUCAUAGUUUAUUCCAUAAAGAACCAAAGAAAGUGCUGGAAAUCGGAGAGCCAACAAACUUUCGCCACGUGGAUGGAGUCAAAAUGACUGAAGGACAAGAAGAUUUAUACAUGGAAGUUAUGAGUAAACUGAAGACUCAUGGGCCAGAUGAAGAAGAGCUAGUAAAGCAGUUGAUUGUAAGAAACGAAGAUAAGUUCAGACAAUCAAUGAUGGUAAAAAAAGAAAGUCAGACUGUGAGAGUUGUGAAAGAUAAGAGCAAAGAUAAGUCAAAGAGCUUCUUUGGCCGUUCAAAAACUAAAAUUGAGGACGUUUCUCAGCCGGUUGUUCCAGUUCUAGCAACACCUUCUGACCCUUUGAAUCCAGAUUGGAAUUCAGAUAGAUCAAGUGUUGUAGCAUCAGCUUCUUCAUUCUCUUCUGCAUCACACCGUUCUUCUUCUACAGUAACCGUGACGUCGUCCUUCAAACACAGUCACACGUUCGCCCCAGAUCCAAUAAAGAGUUCAGACUGGGACGCUCCAAGAAAAGAUACAUAUGGAGUUGUUAAUCAGAGAGAACCUCAGAACAUUUAUCGAUUUGAACAAAUCGAGCAAAGUGUUGAAAUUCAGAAAAAAGAAAUUGAUGAGAGACCGCCCGAGUUGCCGAGUAGAAGUACAUCGAGAAAUGUCGGGGAGCCAAUCUCGAGAACAGGUCUUUCAACUCCUCGUCUUCCAUCUCAUCGUGGAUCAUAUCGUUGGGCAACUCAGCCUGAGACAAUUCCAAAACAACCACCCCCUACUUCAAACAGCCCUCACUCUCAUCAAGUUGAUGAAUAUGCUGAAAUUAAGCUCUCCUCGCGAACUCCAAUUCGAACUGCUCCUCCACCCCCUCCCGCUACACCUCCUUCUCUCAAAACUCCAAUAUCAACCACAUCUUCUUGGAGAGAGUCGUCUUCUGUACCAUCGAAAUCACCAUCUCCAAAGUCAGCUCCACCGCCCCCUGCUCCGUCUGCAAAGUCGUCUUCCCAACAUUCUUUACCUCCGAUUUCAAAUAAAGCUCCUCCUCCUCCACCACCUCCACUUCCAACUAUUGCCACACCAUCUUCAGUACCUCCACCUCCACCACCGCCUCCACCGCCAAUGAUACCCCAAAGUGAUUCGGACGAAGAUUGUUCUAGACCUCCCUCAGUCCGACUUUCAGCUGUUCCUGAAUCUUCAACAGAUCGAAGAAGUCUAAUGGAUCAAAUCCGUUCAACUGAUCGAUCUACAGUGUUACGAAAAGUGUCCGAUACCCCAGAUUCGAGACAAUCAGUUGUUUCGCCGACAUCUGGAACUAUCGUUGAUCAAAUCCAAAGUUUCCUAGAUGCAAGAAGAGCAGGCAUUCAUCCGAGUGAUUCUGAGGGAUCGGAUGAUGAGGAGGACGACGAAGAUUGGAGUGACUAG